GUUAACGUGCCACCUGACGGUAGUAAACGGCAUUACCGGGUUUGUGGUUUGGCGUUCGGUCAUGUAUUAAAAAUCAAAUGUUUAUCAAGAAAAACAGUUUAACUCAUUAUUUUUCGACGAGAAUGACGUUAACGGCGACAAAUGUUGUAAUAUCGACGUAUUAUCUUGUGAUUUUAACGGUGUGCCUUUGGACUUCUGCUGAGGGUGGAUCCGUAGCUCUUACUUCAGAAAACUUUGAUAGGCAUGUUGGCAAUCAUGAACUAGUCUUUUUGAACUUCUAUGCAGACUGGUGUAAAUUUAGUCAGAUUUUAGCACCGGUGUUUGAUGAAACUGCAGAUAAAUUAAAACAAGAAUUUCCUGAACAAGGAAAACUUUUAUUGGGAAAAGUUGAUUGUGACAAAGAAACGAGUGUAGCUGUAAGGUUUCACAUCACAAAAUAUCCCACUCUAAAAGUGAUACACCAUGGUAAGAUAAAACGGGAAUAUCGAGGUCAGAGAUCAUCUGAAGCAUUGAUUUCGUACAUUCGUGAUCUAUUGAGGGAUCCUAUCGUCGAAAUCAAACAGCUGGAAGACGAGGAGAAAGUAGACAAUAACAAAAGAGCUAUGGUGGCUUAUUUUAAGACCCAGUUGGAUCCGGAAUAUAAUGUAUUCCGCAAAGUUGCCGCAGACUUAAGAGAUGACUGUCAAUUUUUCCUUAAUACUAGAUCUGAUAUACAGACAAAUCUAACAGAAAAUAAGAUAAUUUUCAAGCAGUCUCGAACUAAACUCGGAGAAAAAGAUGAAAUCUAUCCAGGUGUCUUGUUAAGUUAUGACGAACUUAGUGCUUGGGCAACCAAUCGCUGCAUUCCUCUAGUCCGUGAAAUAACAUUUGAAAAUGCUGAGGAAUUAACAGAAGAAGGUCUACCUUUCCUGAUUUUGUUUCAUCAUCCUGAUGAUAAGGAAAGUGUGGAGAUAUACUCUAAAGAAGUUCAGAGUCAACUGUCAAAUGAUAAACAUAGCAUUAAUGUUCUGACGGCAGAUGGUGUAAAAUUUUCACAUCCUCUACAUCAUCUCGGAAAGUCACAAAAAGAUCUGCCAUUAAUUGCCAUUGACAGUUUUCGUCACAUGUAUCUUUUGCCUCAGUUUAAUGAUGUAAAAAUUCCUGGAAGAUUAAAAGAAUUUGUAUCUGAUCUGUAUUCUGGAAAACUGCAUAGAGAAUUUCAUUACGGUCCAGAUCCGGUGACGCAGUCGGAAGCGGAGCCAGAUCAAGCCAUUUCAACUAAUCCACCAGAAUCAACAUUCAGAAAACUUGCUCCAUCUAAGAACAGAUAUACACUUUUGCGUGAUGAAUUAUGAUGUUUCUGCAUUAACCAAUGUGCAUUUAAGAGGAAGGAGAGAUCAGGAAAGAAACUGUGGUUAUUGUAUUGUAUAAACAUCAUAAAGCACAAAAUGAUUAUACAAGUUGGUUCUAUCCACAGGCUCAUUAACUCUAUCAUGGAAGGUAUUAGAGCUUGUCCUGCUUAUCUCUUCAUUUUGGACUUUGAACUUUUACCAGGAUUUGGGUCAUAGUGUACAGAAAUUGCAAACGACAAUUUUAUUCUAUAAGUUAUAUUUUAAUACGUUUCCGGCGGAAGAGCGAUCGGCGCGGCCGGACCGUCUUUUGGAAAUCUGUCACUUACGGGAAAGUAUUUUCUAUUCUGUUUGUCUCCAGUUUUAAGUUAAAAAAAAUUUAGAGCGUAAGCAUUUAAUUAGUCUGUGAUGUAAUCUAAUAAAUACUUGUAAAUAUAAAAUGUCUUGGAUAAUGUAGGUCGAAACUGUAAAUAUGUCCGCCGUCAUACGGCGUUCAUAAAAAUCAACUUUAUAUUAAUCACAAGAUUCUUCAGAAUUCGUUCAAUAAAACAUAAUGGACCAACCAUAUUAUAAUCUUCUGUUUGAAAAAUAUGGGUAGGGGAAAGUCUUUGUACAUCUUUCAGCAGCCUCUCCCUUUGCACGUUACAAUUUAUUUUGUUCUUUUUUUAAGUACACCUCUGUUCCCAUCGUAUUUCUUUGUUUAGAUACGAGGGGAACAGAGGAGGCUACAUUCGUCUAAUGUUUUGGUUAGUCCAUAUGGAAAUAGUAUUUAUUACACCAAAAUUUCCAUUGUAAAAUAUUAAAUUCUGAUUAAAAUCAUAUAUGAAAGGUGGGA